AUGUAUAGCUUAACCCCGUGCCACAGCCAUUCCUAGCAGGUUCUCUAAGUUACAAUUACAUACUCACAUAUCCUCAUCUUAACAAUCUCACAAAAAUCCAUGGGUUUCCGCUUGCCAAGAAUUGUUAAUGCUAAGCCAAGUCUGAAACGGAGUCUUUCGUCAUCGGAGACGACAGUAAUUCCCAAAGGCCACUUUGCUGUUUAUGUUGGAGAAGCAGAAAAUAAGAGAUUUGUUGUUCCACUCUCAUUCCUGAAGCAUCCUUCAUUCCAGAAUUUGUUGAGUCAAGCUGAAAAAGAGUUUGGUUUCAAUCAUCCUAUGGGUGCUUUGACAAUCCCUUGCAGCGAAGAAGCUUUCAUUGACCUCACUUGCAAUCUGCAAAACUCAUGAGAAGAAAUUGGCUAACCAAGCAGAGGUUGACUGAUAUUUUGCUCAAAGGGCUGACACCUCCCAAAUUUUAUUUUUAGGAAUAGGAAGCAAGUGCGCAAGGUGGAUUUUUUUCUGCAAUCCCAUGACCUUGUUAAUUAAUUUAAUUAUUGUAACCAAGACAUAAAUUAAUGCAAUUUUUUUAGGAGAAUAA